GGUGGGCCCAGAAAUCCGUCUCUGCCGGCCCAAACGUGGCCGGAUCCGGAAUCUGUUCCGCACCGCGAUCCCCGAAGGCCGAAGCCCACGCCUCUCCUGUUCGUCUCUCUCUCUCUCUCUCUCUCUCUCUCUCUCUCUCUCUCUCUCGUCCCCCCAAUUCCGGUUCCCCCGGCCGUUUCGGCCUUUCGCGGCGGCGGCGGCUCGCACAGGGGCGCAGCAACCACCCCGCGCCCGUCCCCUCCGACCGCCUGUGGAUCAGAGCCCGAUCUACGGUACAGCUCAGUACCGAGACCUAGUCCACGGGCCAGCGGCGGCGGCACCAUGGCGGCAGUUGUGAGCUGGUACGGCCCGCUGAUCGACCUCUCGGCGGCCGCCAGCCAUGUCGGCGGAUUCGUGCAGCUGCUGGCGGCCGUCCGCCGCGUCCUUCCGCACCAGGAGCAAAAUGCUGCAACUGGAAGGACGUAUCAGAAGACCAUUGUUGAAGUCGGCGACGAUUCACGGUCCAGCUUCUGUGUCUCUAUGUGGUCGUCCAAGCAGAGUUCGGACAUAAUCGCUGGCGAUGUCUUACUAAUGCAAAAUAUUAAGAUAGUGGAGUUUAGAAAUGGCCUGGAGGGAAGAGCUUCUCAGAUAUCUGCAGUCCAAGUUCUGUUGAACUCUAAAGACUUGAUGAACCCUGAAGGAAUAGAUGAACUAAUAGCCAGUUCUAAAGUGGGGGAUGUUCCAAAAGCAAAGCUAAGAAGAGUGACAGAAUGGACGCUACGCACUAAAUGCGCUCUUGGCGAAAGUAAUCAGCAGCUGCAGGUGACAUCGAAGAACUGGAAAGAAGCAAAAGAGAAGGAAUCAACAGACUUCUUGUGUAUAUCAGAACUAUUCUCUCAGAGAAAAUUACGUAAUGUGAAUGUUUAUGCAUGUAUUGCCAAGAUGGUUUUAUUGAGUUCACCAGCCUCCCACUCUAAGGGACACUUGUCAGUCAUUGACAUACAUUCUUUGAAAGAGCACAAUGAUAUUGUCAGAGAUUUCAUUACUGCCGGCUGCAAGUUAUGUGGUUCACCUCUAUAUCACAAAAACCUCCAAGGGGAAAACACUUUUGCAAUAGAUUGUCCAAAUAACCCAAAGUAUCUCCAUGUUCCUGGGCAGAUAUACAAGCCAUUUAUGAUAUAUGUCUAUGACCAAUCUGGACAAGUUCCUUUGCUUGUAAGGAAUAAAGCUGCGGAGAUCUUAUUUGCCAAUAUCAUUGCAGAUGAUGUAUCUGAAUGCUACAAGAGCCAAAUGCUGUUAGAAACCUAUGUUAACUCAGGUAGCAUGAGCGCUUCUUGUACAAUUGAUGACGCUGGCAACAAAGAGAUAGCAAAAAGGAGAAAAACUGAACAAAAGCCUAAUUUCCAUCAAAUUUGGCUUAUUAUGAUCAAAUGUCUGCUGAACCAAGGCAGCAAUAGUCCAUUCUGCUUCCAGAUUUUGAUCAAUCCUGAGAAGAAUGUUGAGGAUGGACGUUUUGAAUUGCUUUCCUUGACCAUGCCAAUACCAUGAGAUAGCAAUUUUUCAUGCAACACAUGGUUCAGUUUGAUCUGAGUCAUCUUCCCUAGAAAAACAGAGGACAUUUUACCAAGAGAAGUUACUUGAUCUUUGCAUCAAUUGAUCUCUUGCUGAUUUAGUGGUGUGUGCUGCAAAUAUGGUUGGGCCGACAAGACCAUCAGUCUUGGAAUCAGCAUGAGCAUGGUUCAGCUUGGCUGAAACUGUACCUGGCCCAAUUAAUACUAAUCUUGGGGCAGGCUGAAACCCAUUUCACAAAUACAAAAUUGAAACAUGAAGUCAGGAGUAGCAUAGAAGCAAAGAGUGAUGCAGUGUGAUGAUGGUAAAAAACUGAACCUGGGUCAGGUAGUUUCUUUCAGAAACAGGAAGUAGUUUCUUCCGAUGCCAUACUGUGCCAGAAAUUUCUGAUUUUCAACUCAGUAAAGAAGCUUGUGCUGAUGAGGGAUGACAUCAUUGUUACUUCAAUAGCAUCCUGCCCUGUAAUUACCAUGGUUAGGUAUAGCCUGCAGCACUAUCCUUAAACUGAAUAGUCUUAUCCAGCACUGAGUAACAGGUAGAUUGUGGUGGUUGAAGGAUUGUUUAACGUCUGAUAUGAAGGUUUUUACUCAAUCAGUGAAACGGUAAUGAGGUGUUGUAUGCGCUAAACAUGUUGAUUUGUUACUUGUGCUUACAAGAUGAUGGCUUGGCUGUUCGAAAAAGAGCUGGCUUCAUUGAUUGUUUUCAGGCUUUUUACAGAAGUGUGCUUUCUGGCAACGACCUACCUGCAUCUGAUAUCCUCUAGUUUCUAAAAGUGCAUUGAAAAAUACUAAGGCAGUAAUUUCAGUUAAUUAAAACUUAACCUCAAUCUUACUAUUACUUAUUAGAGCCUCCAAUUUAAUCCUCACAAGACGCAGUCCGAAAUAUAGAAUCCAGCUUGGAAGCCUGCAAUUGAGGAAGAGUGGGAAAUUUAUAUGGCUAGGCGAAGGCAUAAUGGGGAUGGAGACGUAGCCGUGUUGCAUUGGAGAUGGCUCGCGGCGAGCACUAUGAGGCUUGGGCCGGAAUUGUGGCCAGGCACCCUCUUUAGGGCCGUGCACGCAGUUGUCUCUUGUUGCCAGCAGAAAGGCAGAGGGAGGUGAGCUGGGAAGGGAGAGGGGAAGAGAGAGACAAAAAAAAAUGGAUUAAAGCGCUCUUGCCGAUCUACUGGUGAGCACAGCAACACGAUUACAGAAGCAAGGGGUGAUGCAGUACUGUUGUGCAUGGUAAGGACUUUAAGCUGCAUCAACAUUCAGAAACAAUGAGUGCUUCCUUUCAUUGCUAUAUACUGUCUGCUCAUCUCGUGGAAGGUUUGGAAGGAACAGAACGGCCGGAUCUUUGAAAACCAGCCGGCUACCAACAUGAGCCGGAUGGUCAGCUCAAUCAUGGAAGAGGGGCUGCUGUGGUGUGUGGAUCAAGGGUGGAGCGAAGCUGGUCGGCCUAGGAUGGCCUGUUGCAUGACAGCGAUCUCUAGUACAACUAGCGCGGCCUAGUCGUGCUCUGCCUAGGGUGGUUUCUAUUCUGCCGUAUAGUAUCGCUGUGUAAUAUUCAUGUGAGUGCGCCCGAUCGCCCGUGUUGUAAAAUUCGAAAUCAUUUUUCCUUCUUAGAUACACAGUUCUCAUUUGUAGUCACGAAAAAAAAAACUGUCUGCAUAGAAAUUUAUUUUCCUCUGCAAAUAAAGGCUGUACUGCCAAAUGCCAAUGUCAUUCUUACUUUUAAUAGCAUAC